UCUUCUUUCCCGUGAAGUUUUAUGUAAAUUGAUAGGACUUUGAAUAGGGAUGAAGUGGGAAGACUUUAACACGAAAUCAGUGGACAGUUUCCUUAUUUUAUACAAGUAAGUUAGUGUAUUAUCUCACCCAAUUUUCUUUUUCCACUCUUCUCCAUCAAACAAACCAGGUAAAGAAGCACCAUCGAAUCCCCUCCUCCAACUAAAUAUCCAACCAAGAGACUAUAAAUAAAGAACCUUUGAAGGGUCUCUUCACCUCAACCACCCACACUUCAUUCAUACCACAGUUGCACCACCAUCUUCUACACCUUCAUAGUCCUUCCAACUCCAAUGGCCCAAACUUUAGCCGACGGUAACUCUCUGUUCGACUUCGUAGUUCAACGGGGUUAUGGCGUUAAAGGUCUUGUCGAUUCCGGCCUGCCGGCGGUGCCUAAGGAAUACAUCCAACCUCUAGAAGAAAGAAUAAGAAAGGAAGAUGCAAGAACAGAUCUAGCCAAACCCAUAGAUCUUUCGGAGCUUGGUGGCCCUAACCAUGGAAAAAUUGUUGAGGCUCUCACAAGGGCUGCAGAAACUGUUGGGUUCUUCCAAGUAGUGAACCAUGGUGUGCCAGUUGAGUUGCUUGAGAGUCUCAAAGAUGCAGCUCACUGGUUCUUUAAUCAACCACCGGAGAAGAAAGCUGUCUAUCUGAAGGGGGUGAACCCUAAUCCAUAUGUGAAGUAUGGCACUAGUUUUGUGCCAGAGAAGGAGAAGGCUUUGGAGUGGAAGGAUUAUUUGAGCAUGGUCUAUACCUCUCAUGAUGAUGCUAUGAAAUACUGGCCAGAAGAAGUCAGGGAAGUUGAACUCCGUUAUCUACACACAUCAUCAAAGAUGGUGAGAAAGAUAGUGGGGGUAUUAUUUGAGAGCCUUGGAAUGAAGCUAGAUGAACCCAUGGUUGAUGCAUACAUUGGUUCAAGAAUGUGUAACAUGAACUUCUACCCACCAUGUCCCAAUCCAGACCUGACUGUAGGCGUUGGCCGGCAUUCCGACAUGAGCACCCUAACUGUGUUGCUACAAGAUGGGAUAGGCGGUUUGUAUGUGAGAAUAGAAGAUGGAAGAGAUGCCGAAAAUAAGGGCGAGUGGGUUGAGAUUCCACCAGUCCCAGGAGCUCUGGUGAUCAAUGUUGGGGAUAGCCUUCAGAUAUUGAGCAAUGGGAGAUACAAGAGUGCAGAACACCGAGCUCGAACUACAAGCAUGCAAUCCAGAGUUUCAUGCCCUAUAUUUUUUAGCCCUCGGCGGACAACCAAAAUUGCACCGUUGCCUCAGGUUGUUGAGAAGGAUGGGAUGGUUCAUUACAAUGAGGUGUUGUUUCAAGAUUACAUGAGCAACUUCUUCAGCAAGGCUCAUGCAGGGAAGAAGUCUCUUGAUUUUGCUAAGAUCGCUUAGUCUUCAUAAUUCAAAAUGCCUUUAACCUAUAUUAGUGGGGGUUUAUUUUAUUAUUAUUAUAACAAUGGAUAUCCAGACAUCCUUUGGAGUUGAAAUAGUUUCUAUGGGCGGCCACAAGCCAA